CCUGCCGGGAGGUGGUGAGGCGUUCACUUUGGGGCGGGGCGCUCCAGUGCGACCAUGGACCGGAGGAAAAAGCCCUUGGACGUCACGGCGUCCUCGUUGGUAGACCUUAAGGCUGAACUCUUCCGAAAACAAGAAGAAUUCAAACAAGAAAAACUUCUAAAAGAUGCUGGAGUUUUGGGGAAACCAAAACCAACUACUAAGAAACCAAGUAUCUGGAGCAGACAAAACGCAGGAGUUUCUAAUCGAGCUGAGAAGGAUGCUGAACAGAAGAUUGAGGAACAGAAGACUUUGGACAAAGCGAGGGAGAAAUUGGAAGAAAAAGCCAAAUUAUAUGAAAAAAUGACUAACGGAGACUUUAUAGAUGAAGAAGUGGAGGAUAUGUACCUUGUGGAUUUCACACAGAAGAUCAUAGACAAACACAAAGAAAUGGAAGAGAUUGGUGCCAAUAGAGAUUAUAGAAGGACAGAAAGAGACGAUGAUGAAGAAACCGUUUCUGAAAAAGAUAUCCCUCCUCCCCAGGACCCCAGUGAAGAAUGGGUGGAUUAUGUGGAUUCUUUAGGGCGAUCCCGGCGCUGUAUGAGAAAGGAUUUGCCACAUCUGCUGGAAAUGGAUAAAAAUCUUCAAGGGAGGCUUUUCGUUAGUCCUGCAAAUGAAAAAACCUUACUAUCUGAAGAUAUGAGAAAAGAACUCCAGCGCCAGCAAUGGGAGGAAGAAGAGAGGGAGUCCCUGAGAAGGCCAAUGGGGCCUGUACAUUACGAAGACAUUCGUGAAAAUGAGGCCCGGCAACUUGGUGUUGGAUACUUUGCCUUUGCCCGAGAUAAAGAGUUGAGAAACAAGCAGAUGAAAACUUUAGAAAUGCUGCGUGAGCAGACAACAGAUCAGAGAACAAAACGAGAAAAUAUAAAGGAAAAGAGAAAGGCUAUGUUAGAAGCAAGACUUGCCAAACUCCGACAAAAAAAGAUGAAAAAAUCAAAAGAGGAUGGAGCAGAGGAAGAAGAUAGAGAUGGAGAUGUUAUUGGGCCAUUGCCACCAGAACCAGAGGUCAUGCCAGCUCCUCAUACAGCUGCCCAGAGUAGCAAAGUCGAAGUCAUCAUUCAGGAGAGGAAGGAUACCAGGCCUGGGGUGCCGCACAUCCGCGAGUGGGACAGAGGAAAAGACUUUUCCUUUGGGUAUUGGUUGAAGAGGCAAUCAGAUCUCCGGGCUGAGAGAGACCCUGAGUUUGCCCCACCAUCGAAUUACUUUGUGGACCAAAAAAGAACUGGUUCUCUGAGUAGCCAGGCAUGGAACAGACCUGCACCUGCACAGAGUGACCCGGGGCAGCACUCUGGCCAGAGCCAUGACCCCGGCUCUUCACAUACAUCAUCCACUUCAGCCCCCAGCGGCCCACCACAAGCCCAGGCGGUCACUUUUGAAACCCUGGAUGAUAUGAUUUCAUAUUAUAAACAAGUGACAUGAACUUAAAAACACUAUAACUUGGGUCUGUACUGUUGACGGUGCCUUCCUCUCCCAGAGCAAGAAAAUAACUUAACUUUAGGGACUGAAUUGUAACUUUCUCUUCCUGUCUUUUCCCUGAAGAUCCAGACUUCAGGCUGUAUUUGUCAGCAUCAGGGAAGAAAAUGAAUGGUACUGUGGGAACUCUGGUCACUUAGCUGUUCAUUUCAUUCUAAUUGGUAUGGAGAUACCAAUUCAUCUGGAUUUACAUGUGAGCUGAGAUAGAGUAAACAUACUCUGUAAUAUUUGAUACUAAGGAGUUUAUAUUCCUGUCUGCUUCAUACCCACUCCCAUGACUUACUCAGAUUUAAGGGUUCCACUCCUUUCCUUUUGCCAGUACUAGCUUGUAGAUGUCUUUGUUCCAAGCAUUCAGCUUCCAGGUCAUUUGGUGGAGCACCUGUCAGGAAGAAUUUUGGCCUGUCAAAUGGUGGCACAUGAGGGUACACUGGGAGGCAAAGUGAUCUAGUCUCCAGGAGGACCCUGACACUGAUGGAGAAUUAAGCACGUCAUUUGAAAUGAUCAAGAAGACCAGGGAGGACUUCACAAUCCAGAAAGGUAGACAUUGACGUCACUUGUUCUUACUAUCACCCCUUCUUGAGUGGCGAUUAUCACAGCCACGCAUAGUGGGUGUUCAUUAAGUGUGUAUUGAGUGACGGGCACAUGUGGAGGUUGCUGGGUAUGGUAAGAGCAAGAGAUGCUCCUUAGCCACCAGGAUUGGUUUUUCAUCUCCGCCUGCCUCCCUGGUUCUCCCGCUCUGGGCCCUGAUCUCUCUCGGGAACUGAGUCACCUCAGCCUGGGUGGGAUGGACUUGCGCUGGAGUGAGGGACAGCAAGGUCCUUUUGACUUUACUAACAACGAGUGGGUGAGCAGAGCUCCAGAAGGACUUCCUGUGCCUGAGUACCGUUCCCGUCCUCUACCUACUACAUCACAGUGUCCUCUUCAUGGCUGCAGACAAGCAGUAGAAGUUGACCACCAGAUCCACAGGGCUGUUACAACUGCCUCCCAGGCCAGUGAGUCUUGUAAGAAGGUGCUAGAGCAGGUCCUUGAAGCGCCUGCUGGAGCCUGUGGUCUCUGUCCCCACAGCACAGUGGUGUUGCUGGGAGCACCCCUGUUCUCAUUAUGGAUUGCAAGCUGGAGCACAGAGAGGGUCAGUGAUUCAUCACGUGAUGUCUAAGUGACAGAUGGUUUAGGUGCAGGUUUGCUUCAGACUCAUGUUUUCUUCAGCACCCUCUGCUCUCAGUCUUUUUCCCCAGUAUUGAGCAGUAAUAGACAAAAUUCCAAAUUCUUGCAAACUUAACCUCUGAAGUCUAGAUCAAGGGUGGAGUUGCAAGACCUAUUAAAUGGUCAUUUUGUCAGCCUGAUCAGGCAAAUACCUCUCCUAACAAAAAUGAAAACCAACUGACCCAGCUGCCUUUUUCUGCAGAAAUUGACAAACUCAUCCUAAAAUUCAUAUGGAAUUGCAAGGGACCCAGAAUAUCAAAUAUUCAAAACAAUUUUGAAUAAGAACAAAGUUGGGGGACUCACUUCCUGAUUUCAAGACUUACUACAAAGCUACAGGGAUCAAAACAAUGUGGUACUGGACCUCCCUCUUGGCACAGUGGUUAAGAAUCCACCUGCCAAUGCAGGGGACACGGGUUCGAGCCCUGAUCCGGGAAGAUCCCACAUGCCGUGGAGCAGCUAAACCUGUGCGCCACAACUACCGAGCCUGCACUCUAGAGCCCGGGCACCUAGAGCCCAUACUCUGCAACAAGAGAAGCCACUACAAUGAGAAGCCCGCGCACCACAACUAGAGAAAUCCCGCGUGCAGCAACGAAGACCUAACGCAGCCAAAAAUAUAUAAAUAAAUAAAUUUAUAAAAAACAAAAAACAAUGUGGUACUGACAUAUUGAUAAAUCACUGAAACAGAGUUGAGAGUCCAGAAAUAAACCCAUACAUCUAUGGUCACUUGAUUUUUUGACAGUGGUGCCAAAAUCAUCCAGUAGGGAAAGAACAGUCUUCUACAGAUGGUUCUGGGACAGCUGACUCGCCACAUGCAAAACAAUGGACUUGGACCCAUACCUCACACCACAUACAAAAGCACCUCAAAAUGGACCAAAGGCUUAAAUGUAAAACUGUAAAAGCAACUGAAACAGCUUGUAGGACAAAAGGAGAGGAGAGAAAAAGAAAACUUGGAAUACUAAAAGGAAAAAACAGAAUUGUUAGAUAUCCUAGAAUCAUAAGGAAAAAUAGAAGAAAAGAGAAGGUGAAUAAUAGACAAAUAAGAGAAAGAUGGGAAGAGGGUGUGUUUAUAAGGUAGAGCAGAAGGACUCGCGAGGCAUAGUAUAGAGAAGGGAUGGGAAGACUAGUCAGGCAGCAACAAGCGCUUGAGUAUAGGAGGCAGUGGUCGCGGAAGGGGCCCCCAAAUAACCUUUUGUCCUUGCCCAGGGCACCCACGGUGGAUGGCAGAGCAGUCUGUGCACGUUGGCUCAGGGUCACUGUCGACUAAUAACUGUAAGUUGGAUAUUCUCUAGGAUUUCAAAGGUUGUGUAAGCCUUUUUCUAAUCCCCUUUUAACAGCGUAUGUUGAAUGUUUUGUGAGCCAAGUUUUAUCCUCUUCCAUUUCAGACUCAAGGUCCUUCAACGUUCACACAAUUCCAGUUUUACUGUUUCUUGUGGGCCUGUUUUGUAGGAGUGUGUCCAGCAGAUGGCACUGGAGUUCUUAGACUGCAGACCCGUGCUCUGGUAGCACUGCCCAGUAGAAAUGGGGUGUAAGCUGUGUGUGUCAGUUUCAGUUUUCUAGGAACCACAUUUAAAAAGUGAAAUUAAUUUUGUGGUAUAUAGUCAUCCCUCUGUAUGUGCCAGGACCUGCCAUGGAAACCAAAAUCCGUGGAUGCUCAAGUUCCACAGGCGGCCCUCUGUACCCACAGUUCUGUAUCUGUGGUUUCAACCAACUGUGGAUCCUGUAGUGCUGUAGUAGUAUUGAAAGAUAUGCGCGUAAGUGGACCCUCACAGUUCAAACCCAUGUUGUUCAAGGGUCAACUCUAUUUAAUCCAGUAUAUCCAAAAUAUUUCAACAUUUAAUCAAUAUACAAAACGUUUAGUGGGAUAUUUUGCAUUUCUUUUCACACCAAGUCUUCAAAAUCCACUGUGUAUCCACUUAUAGCCCAUCUUAAUUCAGAUGCUAAAUUUUCAUCAGGAAUACUUGAUUUGUAUUUAGAGUUCAUAAAAUAAACAUUUUAAAGUAGAUUCAUAUACCCAGGUUCGUCCAAACAUACUUAAAACAUUUAAGAGUUUGCCAAUAACUGAAUUGAUUAUCAAGUUUUAAAUUUAAUAAUAUUAAAAUGUAGUUCCUUAGUCAUACUAUACCACAUUUCAGAUGCUCAAAAGACACGAGUCUAGUGCUACUGAAUGCACAGCACAACUCUAAAUGAUCUGUUUUUACAUGUUUUGUGGUCUGACUAUACAUAACUCUCCUGUUAGUAACUAAAGGACUGGCAAACACAUCUCUUCCAAGCAUACAUUAAGCAUUCACGCUACUCCUAUGGCUUGUUUGACUUGGGAGCCAGCAGUGCUGAAAUCUUCUAUCAGAAAGCAUGACCCCACCUCAUUCGUGGCAUUGUGGAGCUAAACGAAAUGUUUUGGAUCAGAAAUUGCUUUGAAUUAUUUGUUUUCAUUGUAAUCUUUUCUCCAGGCCUUUGUGUGUUUUGAUACAGUCUGUUUGAAUUGGCUAAAUAAAUCAUUUUGUUUGCUUGCACAACUCCCAAAGGAGAAACUUUAAAUCCAUAUACAUGAGAUUCCUGCUAUGUUUAGCCGUGCAUUUGCCGAAGACUUGUGGGAUAAUUUAUUUCCUCUUAAAGCCGUAGUGCAGCCUGGGAGAUGGCUAUCAGCUGACCUUGUUGUGACGACACACAGAUGAGGCAGUAGAAUUUAGAAUUUGGAAUGGACGUGGGUACUGGUCUUUACAGUUAAUACAACACAGAGUAGCCACGCCAUAUGUGUUUAAUUUUUUUUCAGCCAGAAAAUUGAACUAAGUCAGUUAUACGCCAGGCAGUUCCUGUAAAAAACUAUAUGGCUAAGGUAAGUCGUGAUAAUUGAAAAGAAUUUGUUAACCUGCUGAAAACCAUGAGAGAAAAUGAAACUCCCCUGGUCCUGGCACCUGCCCUGCUGGCUGGUAGGUGGUGAGGCAUUUGCUGGUGUGGACCUGGACAUUGGCUUAAUGUUCAGAGCAUGUGUGUGGGGCGGGGCAGAGUGGGGAGAACAGUGGGAUGGUGUAGAUCAUUGUCUAGGAAAUGGGAAAACCAGAACAAUCAAAAGAAGCAGGGUGUUUUAGUGAAAACCUGUCACCCAGGCUGAGUAUUGAUCUUCUGUUACCGUUUCUCGGUAAAUCCCAGCUGUUCGUGUAACCAUGCCCAGUAAAUGUACGUCUGUCCAGUGA